AUGGAUUAUGCCAACAUGGGUGGCGUUGUGUGCGAGGAUCCACUGGCUGUUGAACCACCAGAGGAACUUAUUGUCGAAAUGCUCAUCCAGUACUUCAUCGUUGAAUUAUACAAGAUCAGACAGAAGACGAAUGAGGGGACUCGCGCUCCCCUCAGAGUUGUCCAGAACUUGGCCCCCGACCUCACCCAACGAGAUGCUAAGAAAGCCGACGAAAUGGAUAACAUUCGCGAAUUUAUUGCACGGAAGCUAACGCGCAAACUCCUAAGGAUUGUUGGUGCGAUUCAAUCCAAGCAUAGAGACUCGGUAUACGACGAGGACCUCCAGCAACAGUUCGUCUUCCCGAUCCUUCCAGGUUCCUACCUUGCGUUCACCAACCCGGUCCUGGAAUUCGUCAAGUUUGUUUGUGCUAUCCUUGGUCUAGCACAAGAUUACCAGGUGGAAAUCGGCUUGCUGAAACGCAACUUACUGGAGCUCGUUGGUGUUCGAGAAUUUGCGAGCGACGCUGUUUUCCGAAACCCAUGCGAAACGCUGAAGUUGUCCAACAUUCCCUGUAAACUUUGUGACAGCCUUCGGGAUUUCGAUUUCUGUCGUGAUCCAGAGUUGAUGCCCAGUAAUCUGGAUGUGGGUCCUCCAAAGUGGAUAUGCUCAGGAUGUGGGGGCGAAUACGAUCGCGUGGCAAUCGAACUCGAACUUAUCCGCAUGUUAAACUCUGUCGAACGUGCAUUUGUGCAGCAAGACCUCAAAUGUACGAAGUGCAAACAAAUUCGUUCUGAUAACGUUUCCCGAUACUGUCAAUGUUCUGGCGCAUACCAGUUGACGCUAGGAAAGGCUGAAGUGAGGAGGAAACUAAAGACAAUAUUAAACGUAUCUAUCGUUCACGGGUUGUCGCGGCUGAAGGAAUGUGCUCAGAUAACCCUGGAGAACUGGUGA